AUGACGACGAUGGGGAUGAUGGAGAGAGACGCAAUGAAGACGGUGGCUCCUUGCGCUCCCGUCACUUAUCACCGGCGUGUUCGCGGUGACUUGGAUGACACACUUCCUAAACCUUAUUUGCCAAGAGCACUUCAAGCACCAGAUAUGGAGCACCCGCAAGGAACACCAGAGCAUAGCCAUAAUGGCCUUAGUGUUCUUCAGCAACAUGUCGCUUUCUUCGAUUUGGAUGAUAAUGGCAUCAUUUACCCCUCCGAAACCUUCUAUGGAUUCCGGUUACUCGGUUUCAAUUUACUUGCGUCGCUUAUCUUCGCUGCUGGUAUCCACUUGACACUUAGCUAUCCUACUCUCCCAGGGUGGUUACCGUCUCCGUUCUUCCCUAUCUAUAUACUCAACAUUCACAAGGCAAAACAUGGAAGCGAUUCUAAAACAUAUGACAAUGAAGGAAGGUAUACACCAGCAAAUCUUGAGUUGAUGUUUAGCAAAUACGCGAAAACCGUUCCAGACAAGUUGAGUCUUGGAGAACUAUGGGACAUGACUGAAGGAAAUCGCGAUGCCUUUGACUUUUUCGGCUGGUUAGCGAGCAAGGGGGAAUGGGGAAUAUUGUAUGUGUUAGCUAGUGACAAAGAAGGAUUCUUAUCAAAAGAAGCGAUAAGAAGGUGUUUUGAUGGGAGCUUGUUUGAUUAUUGCGCCAGGAAUUAUGCCGAGAUCAGUGAGUACAAAACGUACUACUGA